AUGUUGAGCAACAUUUCCCAAACUGAGCAAUUCCAUAGCUGUGGGGGAUUAGAUGAGUAUGACUUGGAGAAUUUAGAGAAGAAAAGUGGCUUUUGUGAAGGUGAAAAAUGGGGAGAAUUAGAUAUGGGCAUGGAUUCAUUUGGUUGUGGUGUAGAGUUCUUUGGAGAUUGCUCUGCCCAAAUUGACCAACAACAGCAACAGUUUGCAGAUUUUGGGAGUACGUGUGCUGAUGAGUUUCUGAAGACUGUUCGUGUGGACUCCCAGAAAUCAGAGCUGAUCGAACCUGAGAAGAAGGGAGCUCACCUGUUUCCUUCAGCAUCAUUUGAGAUUCUGAACAAGUAUAGAAGCAGGUGCAGGAGAUUAAACGGUGAAUAUAUGAAUAUUCCGAGGUAUGAUGCAGAACGCAAAGUUAGCUGUGGCAUGUCAGUGGUAACAAUCAUUCAGUUGGCUGCUGAAAAGUUCAUCCAAUCCAACGAAAGCUCUUUGCUUAGCCAUCCGUAUCUAAGUUCCAUGUUGUGCCGCUCUGAGGAAGACUCUCAAGGAGUUCAACUUGUCCAGAAUGUCCUCGCCUGUGCUGACAAAGUAGGCGAGAAGCAGUAUGAACGAGCCCGAAACCUCUUGCUUGAAUGCGAUAGAAUGAGUUCCCCUGGAGGGACUCCUGUUCAGAGGUUAGUGUUCUAUUUCACUGAAGCACUAUACGAGAAGAUUGAUAGAGAAACAGGAAGAAUCACCCCCAAGGGUUUGGGGAAGAAGAUUGAAGAUCCUUUACAGGCAUUGAAAACCCCAGACAUGACUCUUAUCACGUUUCACAAGAAGCUGCCUCUCUCCCAGAUCACCAAAUUUGCUGGGAUUCAAGCUGUAGUAGAUGACGUAGCCGAGGCAAGAAAGGUGCACUUUAUUGAUCUUGAGAUCAGGAAAGGAAUACAAUGCACGAUUUUGAUGCAAGCUCUUGCAGCUAGAUCUGAAAAUCCUAUAGAGCAUCUCAAGAUCACUGCUGUAGCAAUAAAAUCAAAAGCAAGUAUAGAGGAGACGGGUCGACAACUGACGAGUUUUGCUCAGUCCUUGGACCUGAAGUUUUCUUUUAAUGUAGUCAUGGUAGAAGAUAUCUUUGGUCUCAAAGAAAACCUCUUUGAUCUAGAUGAGGAUGAAGCUAUUGCUGUCUACGCAGCAUACACGUUAACGAACAUGAUUGGUCAGCCUGAUCAGCUGGAACACUUAAUCAGAAUUAUCAAAAGUAUGAAUCCUUGUAUGAUGGUUGUUACUGAAGUCGAGGCAAACUGUAAUUCCCCUAUUUUUGUGGAGAGAUUUGUCGAAGCUCUCUUUUUCUAUGGUGCUUGCUUUGAGUCAAUGGCAGAAUGUCUGAAGAAUGAUGAGAAGCACAGGUGCAUUGCUGAAAGAACAUGCUUCAGUUCAGCGAUACGGAAUAUUGUCGCGGCUGAGGGAGACGACAGGAAGAUUAGGCAUGUUGGUAUUAGCGUCUGGAGGGCAUUUUUUACGCAUUUUGGAUUUGAAGAGACGGAGCUGAGUAUGUCUGCUGUGUAUCAAGCAAAUCUUGUGGUCAAGAAUUUCACCUCUGGAAGUUCCUAUACCUUUGAUAUUGAUGGUAAAAGCUUAAUUAUUGGUUGGAAAGGAGCACCAGUAAGUUCACUUUCUGCAUGGAAGUUUCAGUGUCCUAUGUAA